AUGAUUCGAACUCGAGCAGUCACCACGUACUUCAUUAUCAACCUCGCUUUCGCCGAUCUGCUCACCGGAAUAUUUGCAAUUCCAUUCAAAUUUCAAGCAGCACUAUUUCAAGAAUGGUUCCUGCCGUCAUCAUUAUGUCAGAUCGUUCCUUACGCAGAAACGGUCUCCUUGUCGGUUUCGGUGUUCACUCUCACAGCAUCAGCUGUUCACGAAUUUCGAACCACGUUCUUUCCAAAGCAGGGUCGGCUGAACACCAGAAGUGCCAGGUCACUGGUGCUGCUGAUUUGGCUUGUAGCGGCUCUCGUCUCACUUCCGCAUGGUCUUUUUCACAGGGUUUAUCUGAUUCAAGAUGGUGACCUCAUUAUUUCACAGUGCCGACCUGUGUAUGCGGACGAGAAUUGGUGGAAAAUGUAUAACGUCUACCUGACUAUCAUACAUUAUUUCGUCCCAAUGAUCAUUCUUGACACAGCUUACACAAUGAUUGCUAUAAAGAUUUGGGGUUCAACCGUUAACAGCUCCGAACAGCAAACUUCUAACACUCAUGCCAACCUCAAUACGGAAAUCUCCAAUAGAAAGUUAAUGAAUAUGCUAAUGAUAGUUGUCGCUUGCUUUUCUCUAUGCUGGUUUCCACUCGAGACCUACUUACUGCUCAAUGAAAUUCGACCGGAAAUUAACGGAUGGAAGUACAUCAAUAUUUUAUUCUUCUGUUCACAUUGGCUCGCAAUGUCAAAUUCAUGCCUGAAUCCGAUUAUUUAUGGAUUAUUUAAUGUAAGUCCACUUUUGUACACAAUAGAUAUGUAG